CUAUCCAUCUGUCGAUCUAUCUCUCUACUUGUGCUGUCCAGUUUUGGCAUCGGCUGCCAUCAUCGCCAUUGAAAUAGAAGAGCUCUCUCUCUCUGAGCAGCGAUCGCCGCCUGUUCUCUCUCCUCGCGAAUCUCUGUGCCCUCCCCCCCCCAAAUCGGAACAAUGAUUAAGCUAUUCAAAGUAAAGGAAAAGCAGAGAGAAAAUGCGGAAAAUGCAAAGAAGCAAACUGCUGCUGAGCUGCGUCUUCACAAAGAUAUUAGUGAACUGAACCUCCCCAAGUCAUGCUCCAUUACGUUCCCGAACGGCAAGGAUGAUCUGAUGAACUUUGAAGUUCUAAUUCGGCCUGAUGAAGGAUAUUAUGUUGGAGGGAAAUUCUUGUUCUCCUUCCAAGUAUCACCACACUAUCCUCAUGAGGCUCCAAAAGUCAAGUGUAAGACCAAGAUCUACCACCCUAACAUCGACUUGGAAGGGAAUGUCUGCCUCAACAUAUUAAGAGAGGACUGGAAGCCGGUGCUGAACAUAAACACCAUAAUCUACGGGCUGUACCAUCUAUUCACGGAACCGAACUAUGAGGAUCCUCUGAAUCACGAUGCCGCUGCUGUGCUGAGGGACAACCCAGUGUUGUUUGGGACCAACGUGAAGAGGGCGAUGAGUGGCGGUUUCGUGGGCCACACCUCAUUUUCUCGAUGUACAUAGCUUCCGAGUCUGCUUAUAGUUGCUUUGUACCCAAAAGAAAAGGAAAAACAGAGAGAGGAGAAUGCUCGACAAAGUGCCUUUUUCUAAUUAGUCCCCUCAAAUUCUUGCUUCUCAUCCCUACCCAUUUGGUGCAAACCAAGCAACUAUUUAUGAACUUGAACUAUUUUUAAGUGCUUGUGUUGUGUUGUGUUUGUGUAUCAAAUUUCUUGAGUUAAAAGUUACAUUGGGGUUGCUAA